CUGUGGAACGCGCGUCAUGCGGACUCGGAUGUCGCGCACUAGAAGCCAUUCAAACCUGUAGGCUGGAGCUGACAGAUAAGCCGAUAUGGGCUCUGCUCUGCGGCGUCGCUGGCUAGUGGUCCAACUCCUAAUGCAGGUGUGGCUGGCAGCAAAUCCAUCAUUGAGUGAGCGCCCAUGCCCCAAGAGCUGUCGCUGUGAUGGAAAAAUUGUCUACUGCGAGUCAAGCGCCUUCCGCGAUGUCCCCAAGAAUCUCUCAGGAGGCUGUGAAGGCUUGUCUUUGCGGUACAACAGCCUCGCCAGUCUAAGAGCAGGCCAGUUUGUUGGUCUGAACCAUCUCAUCUGGCUCUACUUAGACCACAACUACAUUGCCUCUGUGGAUGGAAUGGCCUUUCAAGGUGUCCGCAGGCUCAAAGAGUUGAUCCUGAGUUCCAACAAGAUCACCUCGCUUCACAACACCACAUUCCACCCAGUCCCUAAUUUACGAAAUCUGGACCUGUCGUACAACAAACUGCAAGCUUUGCAACCAGGACAGUUCCAGGGACUACGGAAGCUUCUCAGCCUUCACAUGCGCUCAAACUCAUUAAAAACUGUCCCAAUGCGUCUGUUCCAAGAUUGUAGAAAUCUUGAAUUCCUGGAUCUGGGUUACAAUCGCUUGCGCAGUAUCACUCGGAAUGCAUUUUCCGGCCUAGUCAAGCUCACUGAGCUGCAUUUGGAGCAUAACCAGUUCUCAAAGAUCAAUUUCUCUCACUUCCCUCGCCUGUACAAUUUGCGAGCACUUUACCUGCAGUGGAAUCGCAUUCGUUCAAUGAGCCAAGGUCUGACUUGGACCUGGGCCUCGAUCCAGAAACUGGAUCUGUCUGGGAAUGAUCUGACAGAAGUGGAUGCUGUAGUUUACCAAUGCUUACCAAACCUGCAGACCCUCAAUCUCGACUCCAACAAGCUGACCAAUGUCUCCCAAGAGGUGGUUGAUGCCUGGAUCUCUUUGACUACAAUUAGCUUAGCUGGGAAUGUAUGGGACUGUGGCCCUGCCAUCUGUCCCCUGGUGGGCUGGCUAAGAAACUUCAGAGGGGCAAAGGAAACCACAAUGAUCUGUGCCUCCCCCAAGAAAGCCCAGGGGGAGAAAGUUUUGGAUGCUGUCGAGGCUUUUGGUGUGUGUCAAUCAAAUGCAGCAACAACACUCACUGUGAGUAUUCCGCCAACCCCGCCCAGUGUCCCUCUGCAAACUGAACGUUACCCAGCCAUUCUGUCUUUACCUACUGGGUCAGGGAAAAGGGGGGAGGGAUCCAUCAGGGGCCCCACCUCAGCCGUUACCCCUCCAGUGGCACUACCCCCAGAGCAAGACUUGGAGCCUGUGUCCUUCCAUAAGAUUGUAGCUGGAAGCGUUGCCCUUUUUCUAUCAGUUGCGAUGAUCCUGUUGGUGAUCUACGUGUCUUGGAAGCGCUACCCUAGCAGCGUCAAGCAGCUGCAGGAGCAUUCGGCAGCAGCUCGCAAACGCCGCAAGAAAGCGAGAGAGACGGAGCGCACCCUGAGCUCCCCACUGCAGGAGUACUAUGUGGACUACAAGCCCACCAAUUCCGAGGCCAUGGAUGUGCUUGUCAAUGGGACCGGACCCUGCACCUAUACUAUCUCAGGCUCCCGAGAAUGCGAGGUAUGA